AAAUUUUUAAAUAACUUAGAUAAAAAAAGCCUUUUUUGUUUUAAUAAAAGCCAAGUCAUGAGCCAACGUACAGGAUUUCGCCGUUUUGAUGCAUUUUCAAAAACAAUAGAGGAUGCACAAAUUAAGACUAUAAAUGGAGGAUUUAUUACGAUAUUAUCAAUUAUUGUAAUUUUUGUUUUAAUAUCUUUUGAAUGGCAUGAUUAUAGGCAAAUUGUUAUAUUACCGGAACUUACAAUAGAUCGUAGUAGAGGAGAAAAAUUGCAAAUUAACUUAAAUCUAACAUUUCCUAAAAUUCCUUGUUCUAUACUUUCUCUUGAUGUUAUGGACGUCUCUGGAGAGCUUCAAACAGAUGUUUCACACAAUGUAGUUAAAAAUAGGCUUGACAGUAAUGGAGUUUUUAUUAACUCAACAUCUCUCAAUACACUUAAUUUCCAACAACCAACUAAAAUAUAUCCUCCUGAUUAUUGCGGUUCUUGUUAUGGAGCAAAGGAAGGUUGUUGCAACACAUGUCAAGAUGUAAUAGAUGCAUAUACCUCAAAUGACUGGCCUAUUCCAGAUACAAAGGCUUUUGAACAAUGUAAAGAAAAUUAUAAUAAUUUGAAUGAUUCUGAUGAAGGAUGCAAUUUUGUUGGAAGAAUAGAAGUUAAUAAAGUUAUUGGUAAUUUUCAUUUUGCUCCUGGGCAUUCAUCGCAAAUUAUGAGGAAUCACAUCCAUGAUAUUUAUGAUUAUAUGACUGAUUCAUUGCCUCAUGAUUUCUCCCAUACAAUCAAUAAGCUUAGUUUUGGGCCUGAAAUUGAAGGAAGAAGUUUACAAAAUCCUUUGGAUAAUGUAAAAAAAGAAACAAAUAACCCUACUUUAAAAUAUUCAUAUUUUAUUAAAUGUGUUGCAUAUCGUUUCGAAUAUUUAUCAAAACCCUCACUGGAUACCAAUAAAUACUCUGUUACUGUUCAUGAACGAUCAGUAUCAGGUGAUAGCGAUCCUAAUCAUCCUACUCAUGUAAGCCCCAAAGAUGGAAUACCUGGCGUAUUUUUCUCCUAUGACAUUAGUCCUAUAAAAAUUAUUGAAAAAGAAACCCGAGGAAAUUUUAGCACAUUUUUAACAAGUACUGUGAUUAUUAUCAGUGGUGUCCUGACAAUUGCAGGAAUUGUUGACCGUAUUUUAUAUGAAACAGAACGUCAAAUGGAAAAAAAGCUAAGAGAAGGAAAAUUUUUGUAA